GAAAAGGACUGUAGUGUCAUGUGGAAAAUGGGGCAUUUUGAGAUGCGUAGAUCGUUUUAGAUAUUGAAUGAGAGGUUGAUUUGUGUUUGUGUUUGCAUGACCAGCAGUGUUUUGAAGAAGGUUUGAUUGAGGGUGAUGGAGAAGGUGUUUGACACUAAACUGGAGGUGCUGUUACUGGGAAUGAUAUGCAAGAAACCAUUCCCUGGUUGUCAAGUUGGUGCAAAGAACUUGCAAUGGAAUUGCCACCACCACCAACAAAGAGGAUACCUGCUGAAAGCUUCUUGUUCAAUUGCUAGUACUUCAACUGAAGAUACUGAUGCAAUAAUUCCCAUAAAGCCAUUAAAGAGCAGGAUUAAUGGAAAUAUCUUUGCAUAUCCAUGGGCAUCCACCAGGAAAGCUAUUGUUCUUGAUGCUUCUGAAGACAAAUAUGGGGGCAUGGUCAUUAACACAGACGAGUUACCGAGGAAUUCAUUUGCCUUUGCUUCCAUUCUUCAUGUAUCCCUCUCCCAAUGGAAAUUAGAGGGAAAGAAAGGGGUAUGGCUCAAGCUACCAUUAGAACGUUCGGAGCUCGUUCCUAUUGCAGUUAAGGAAGGCUUUAAGUAUCACCAUGCAGAGGAAUCAUACGUGAUGCUGACAUAUUGGAUUCCUGAAGGGCCUUGCAUGCUUCCUGCAAAUGCUUCACAUCAAGUUGGUGUUGGUGGUUUUAUAAUCAAUGAGAAAGAUGAGGUGCUUGUUGUGCAAGAAAAAUAUUGCUCAUCAACAUCAGAGGGUGUGUGGAAACUGCCCACAGGUUUUAUACAUGAGUCUGAGGAUAUCUUUACUGGAGCUGUAAGGGAAGUGAAAGAGGAAACUGGAAUUGAUACGGAAUUUGUUGAAGUUGUUGCUUUUAGGCAUGCGCACCAGGUUGCUUUUGAAAAGUCUGAUUUGCUCUUUAUCUGUUUAUUGAGACCUUUGUCAAACCAAAUUGAAGUGGAUGGACUGGAAAUACAAGCUGCUAAGUGGAUACCUGUUGCUGAAUUCAUUGAACAACCUUGCAUUCAAGACGACAACAUGUUCAAGAAAAUCAUCGACAUCUGCAUGGCACGUCUCAGAAAGCGAUUCUGUGGAUUACUACCUCACCAUUGCAUCUCAAAAUUUGAUGGAAAAACAUCUUGUUUGUACUACAAUGUGACAGAUCAACCACAAGAUUUCAAUUGCCAGGGAGUCUGAAAAAGCAUGCACCACCUU